AUGUGUUAUCAGGACGCAUUUAUCUCGGCCACUCUCUUUUACAAUAAAUCCGACGAAAAAUAUGCCAAAUUUGCGUUUCGUUGCGGGAAUAUAAUUGCUACGUGUAAGAACAAGUGUGAUUUCGAUGUGUGGGAAUUUCCACAUGGUGAUGAUGGGUAUGCUUGUAGUAUUGGGGUUAGAAUUGGUAGUGGUGGUGUGGGUAUUUUGGGUGUGGUUCAUGGGAAGGAUGAGGAUAUUGCUCUUAAUACACUUAUUCCUGGGGCUCCUCAUGUGGAAGAGGUUCUUUUCGUGGUUAAGACUGAGUGUAUGAAUUUGAUGCUGGAGUUAUGCCUAAUGAUUUAGCUUUCCGGCCAGCGAUUCAUAAUGGACUUACGACAGGGCAGGAAAGAAGUAAGAUUAGUCUUGAGGGUGGUGUUUAUAAGGUUCGCAUGGGACUUGGUGUUGAUGGUUGUGGUGAUGGCAGAAAUCGAUGGGAUAAAGGCAACCAUCCAGAUUUCAGUUUUGUGUCCUUGGCUCCUCCGUUGAAGGAUCGUAGAGGAAAGAAGUUGAAGCAUGAUGCGAUACAGGUUCCAACGAAGGAUAUCGGCACGUUGAUUUAUCGCAACAAUGAGUUUCUCACCGAACUGGCAAACAAAACCAAAAUCGGCAUUGUGCCGAGUGAUAAGGCAUAUGUAGACCAGAAGAAUAGAGAGAUUGGCUUAUGCAACGGUACUAAAGAGGAUAUUGAGAAGGCCAAGGAAGAGAUCAAAAAGCAAUUGGUAUGUUGA